UGCAUUGCAUUGUUACAUUUUUCACUUCUCUGCAGUGCAACUCAACUGAUGCAAACUGUGUCGAAUGCGGCUUACCCAUUUAUAGAGUGCUUGUGCGAAUUUGGUGCUUUGAAUGUUCGUUGUAUGUCGGCAGUGUUGUGCUUAUGGUUGCGAGUCUGUCGUUGAACCGUUUCUGUGAUGCAUCCCGUGCUCGGUUUUAGUCGGCGCUGACGCUGAAGUGGCAUGUUACAUCCUUGACUGUGCUUGCGCGCGAAGCUUUCUAAAGAAAUGCCGGGCGAUAAAUGGCCAGCGCACUGUCCAUAUAAUGGUUGGUGCCAGGCAGUGGAGCACCUGUCACAUUUUGCACAGAUUCUCAAGAACAGGUAGAAGACGUCUGGACCACUACCACAACAGCACCUGGUGCGAGUGAUGAGAGGAAUCCAGACACUAGCAACAUUGUUUUCAUGCUUCAACUAGGUUUAACCAAAUCGCAGCCACCGCAGCAGAUUCUGGCAGAUCACAUCAAGACUGAACACGAGAUGUCACCUGUUACCUCUGGAAAUGGCCCUGAUAUCCAGUUCGAAAACCCUUCUCAAGAAGAGCUGUCGGUUUGCGACACCAUCUGCCAACCCAAGGCUACAUCCCAAGGUUUCCCAGCACCGGAGCUUUAUCGUCUCCCGACAAAGCACAUUAAGCUACCGCGCACACAGCCCUCAAAGGACACUAUCGAGCAUUCUUUGCAGCUUUGUGAAAUCACCGGGCAAUCUGAGGAAGGAGCGACCGGCACUGGUAUUGUUGUCGGCUCUGCUGAGGACACAGGUCUGCGGGUGAAGAAGCAUGACAAGACGAGUUCCGUGACUAAGCAAAAGCUCCCUGACAGAAGUGGGCAGUCCAAGCCCAAAAAACGAAGGUCUGCCCUCUUGGGCCUUCCUGUCAAGGUCAUCACAGCGCCAGCGCAAACACCGCAAGGCACAGGGUAUUCUCAAAGGCUCCGUCGAACCUCAGCAGAGCAGAAAAAAUUGUUUCAGUGCCCACAGUGCCCAGAAGCAUUUGUCUAUGAGGGCAAUUUACUGUGGCACAUUAAUGAGCACAACCAGAAGAAAGUGUUCCAGUGCCCUCACUGCAAGAUGAAAUUUUCAGCGAAGAAUUUCCUCACAACUCACAUCCGGAAUAGCCACCCCUGAUAUACCCUUCCGCACUGCCAUUCUUCUGUUCGAUGAAGAGAACUGUAAAGAACUGUAGUCUCGUGCAGGUGUUCUUUUUCCAUUCUUGUUAGUUUGUUUCUGCAGAAAGCUGAGUUGUUGAUAUUGCAAGAAGCAAUAUUGUUCCAGUGUAAGAUGGUGCACUAGGUUCUAGUCGCGUACCAAUAUUUCCCACAGUGAUUGAAAAUUACCGCUAUUUCUGGAAUGCGUGCUGGUCUUGUUGAGACAUUUCUGACCGCUUUAUGAACAGAUUUAGAACAGAAAAAGAAAAACAAAUAGCACUGUUUGUGCUAUUUGUAUAGCACCCAGAUUUUCAGGUAAACGUAAUACCUGUUCGACAUUGCAUUUUACAGUCAAACAGCGACCACAGUGUGUAAGAAUCUGGAUGGUCAUUUAUAAUGAGGCGGGGAGGCAGGCACAAAGCCAUCUUUAAAGAUUAGACAUGCCUGUGUGAGCAUUUAAUUUUGCGGUUGUAUCAGGAUGAUAAGCCUUUGGCAUUAAUAUCACUUUGCUAAAAUAAGUGAAGUAUUUGGUCCCCGAUAUUCUGGAUGCAGCACAUUCUGAGUUAUAUAUAAUUGCAUACCAUGUUUGUUUGUUUAGCUUUAUUGUUUAUCUCCUAUGUUUGAGUGUUCUUGUUCCAGUGUGCUUGUCAGAAAAGUUGUGGGCAAGACAUUGCAGGGUGGAGCUUGUUGAGAAUGAUGGAGUCAUUAGGAGGGAUAUUUCACAUAUUUGAAAUGUGCUCAAAAUGAUUUA